AAAACGCCCUUCUGCGGUCAGAAAAAAAAGCCGGAUGGGCUCCUUUCAACGGUAAAUCCGGAAAAUCUCUUCUCGGAGAACUCGAUAUCGCGUUUCUGGGAUGCUACGCGAUCGGCAUGUACAUCGCCGGCCACGUCGGCGACCGCAUCGACCUCCGCGUCUUCCUCUCCGUGGGGAUGUUCGGCAGCGGCUUAUUCGUAUCCCUCUUCGGCAUGGGUUACUUCUGGAAUAUACACUCGUUAAACUACUUCGCCGCUGUGCAAAUGGCCGCGGGUUUCCUCCAGGCGACGGGGUGGCCCAGCGUAGUCGCGAUCAUGGCCAGCUGGUACGGAAAAAAAGGCCGCGGGCUGAUUCUCGGCGUGUGGAACGCGCACACCUCCGUCGGCAACAUUCUCGGAUCGCUCAUCGCGUCUUCCGCGCUUGCAAGCGGCUGGGGCUGGGCCUUUCUCGUCCCCGGGUUUAGUAUCAUGGCGGGAGCGCUGGUGAUGUUUUUGUUUCUUGCGCCAGAGCCAGAAACCAUAGGGCUGGAGUCGCCGCAUUCGCUGUUGCUGUCGGAAUCGUCGAGUGAGGCUGGUGGGAGCGUGCACGGGGAGGGGGACGAGGAGUCCGGGUUCGAGGCCGUCGAGUGCGCUGACGUGGCUGCUGACGUGGCGGCUGGUUACGAUGCUGCCCUAUUAGCUCCUAAAGAGGCUGCUUAUGCUUCAGUAUCGGAGCAGCUUACAGUGCCGCUUUUACAGGGGAAGGAUGACGCGGGAUUGGGAGCGGAAGCUCGGAUUGUGAUAACAGAGGAUGUGCUUAAAGCGGGGAUAGGAGGGAGCGGCGAGGAGCACGAGGCCAUCAGUUUCUGGGACGCGUGUCGGAUUCCUGGCGUUGCGGCGUACGCGUUAUGCUUGUUCUUCGCUAAGCUUGUGGCGUACACGUUCCUGUACUGGCUCCCGUUCUACAUCAAGCGCACAGAGAUAGCAGGGCGCCAUCUAAGCGACGCGUUCGCGGGAGUGACAUCUACGGUCUUUGACCUAGGGGGGGUGCUGGGGGGGAUAGUAGCAGGUCAUCUCUCCGACCACACAGGCGCCCACGCCACCGUUUCUGCCUCCUUCAUGCUCCUAGCCAUUCCGUCCCUCCUCCUUUACUCUCUCCUGGGCGGAAUUUCGCUGUCUGUGCACAUAGGGCUGCUUUCCCUAGUCGGUUUCUUUGUGAAUGGGCCGUACGCGCUUAUCACAUGUGCUGUGUCCGCUGAUCUGGGGCAACACGCGUCGCUCCGAGGGAAUUCCAAGGGGUUGGCUACGGUUACUGCGAUUAUUGAUGGUACGGGGUCGUUAGGGGCUGCUCUGGGUCCGUUUUUAACGGGGAUAGUGGCAGAGAUUGGGGGAGGAGGCGGGGGGAAAGGAGCUGGGGACCUGGGGUGGAGGCUGCAACAAACUACUAUACCAGCAGCAGACCAUACCAGCACAAACCUACCGAAUGACCCACCAGCACCAGCACCAGAUCUACCAGCACCAGCACCAGAUCUACCAGCACCAGCACCAGAUCUACCACCAGCAGCAGCAGCAGCAGCAGCAGCAGCAGCAGCAGCAGCAGCAGCAGCAGCAGCAGCAGCAGCAGCAGCAGCAGCAGCAGCAGCAGCAGCAGCAGCAGCAGCAGCAGCAGCAGCAGCAGCAGCAGCAGCAGCAGCAGCAGCAGCAGCAGCAGCAGCAGCAGCAGCAGCAGCAGCAGCAGCAGCAGCAGCAGCAGCAGCAGCAGCAGCAGCAGCAGCAGCAGCAGCAGCAGCAGCAGCAGCAGCAGCAGCAGCAGCAGCAGCAGCAGCAGCAGCAGCAGCAGCAGCAGCAGCAGCAGCAGCAGCAGCAGCAGCAGCAGCAGCAGCAGCAGCAGCAGCAGCAGCAGAUCUACCAGAGCAGCAGGCAUGGACUAGAUCAGUUGGCCGGCCAGCCUUGCCUCAGCAGAAAUAG